CGUCCCCUUGUUACAGGAGCGUCCACGAGAAGCUGUGUCGAGCGGGUGGAACAGUAGCAAGACAUGUCAGAGAAGAAACAAACAGUGGAUUUGGGGUUGUUGGAGGAGGACGACGAAUUUGAAGAAUUCCCUGCAGAGGACUGGACAGGCCUGGAUGAAGAUGAGGAUGCCCAUGUUUGGGAGGAUAACUGGGAUGAUGACAACGUAGAGGAUGAUUUUUCUAAUCAGCUCAGAGCGGAGCUUGAAAAACAUGGAUACAAGAUGGAAACCUCCUAACAGUUGGAUUACUUUUUUUUUUCUUUUUUUUUUUCUCCCAGAUUUGAAUAUUGUCAGUUUGGCCUGUCAAUAAAAAUGUGACUUAUCUUAUUUCUGUUGGAAGCCCAACAUCAUAAAACUGGUCAAUCUGCGAUCAAUGCGUUUAUUUUUAUUUUUCCUACCGCAUAUACCAUUUAUGUAUUAAUUGUGAUAAUAAAGAGAUGCUUUCCCUA